GGACACUACACUGAACCAAAAAGAUAAAUUCAAGUGAAAUUCAAAAUGUCCUGCCGAAAUGUGUUCAUUAUUUUGACUACGUUGCUUUUAUCAACAGUUGUUUUAAUACACUCUGCACCAGUUCAAUCAUCAUCUCAAGCUCAGAUGUACCUUUCAAAAUUCGGAUAUCUUCCCGAAACAAGCUCAGGAAAUUUACAAAUGAUACAUGAAAACACUAUGAUUCAAGCUAUUCAGAAUUUUCAAGAAUUCGCCGGAUUGGAUGUGACCGGUCAGUUGGAUAGUAAGACAUUGGAAUUAAUGUCCCUGCCAAGAUGUGGUGUUAAAGAUAAACGCGCUAAUAGCCGAUCAGAACGAUCUUUUGGUACUGCUUGGAGAAAAAAGGAUUUAACCUACAGAAUCUCAAGAUAUACCAGACGAAUGGAUCGCAAUAAUGUUGAUGCAGAAAUUGCUAGAGCUUUUAGUGUUUGGAGUGAACAUACUGAUCUCAGUUUUACAGCCAAGAGAAAUGGACCAGUUGAUAUUGAUAUUACGUUUCUGGAAGGUGAACAUGGUGAUGGAAAUCCAUUUGAUGGUACUGGUGGUACAUUGGCUCAUGCAUAUUCCCCCGAAUAUGGUGAUGCUCAUUUUGAUGAUGCUGAACAUUGGUCAAUUAAUUCUCCUCGCGGUACAAAUUUGUUCCAAGUGGCAGCUCAUGAAUUUGGUCAUUCUCUUGGACUGGAUCAUUCUUCGGUACAAGAAGCUUUAAUGGCUCCAUACUAUCGUCGAUAUGAACCAUAUUUUCGACUACAUUCGAGUGAUAUAACGGAAAUUCAAGAACUUUAUGGAAGGAAAUCUAUUCAAGAAGACUCAAACAAUGGUCGUUCUGAAGAGCCUACUUCACACCAUCACCAUCAUAACGACGAUGAAGGUAAAAGUUUUUGA